AUGCCCGCUGCCUCGAGGGACGGCCACGCUGAGCAGCGAACCGAGCUGCGGAAGCUCGAGGAGGAGUCCGAGGCGCGGGACCAGGAGCUCGAGCGCCUGCAGAAGGAUCAGGUGCAGAUCGAGGCCGACAAGCGCGCGAUCCUGGAGCUGGGGCAGCGCGCGCAGGGGCUCAAGCAGGAACUCGAGGAGCUCCAGGGCAGAGGCAGGAGCAUGGCGGAGGGGCCCCAGUUUGGGCGCUGCGCCAUCACGGAGGCCGCGCUGACGG